GAUGGCGGAGUCAUUUGUUGCUGCUAGACAAGCAGAGGGCGAAUUCCGGUUCGGGAACUACUACGAGCAACGUCAUCAGACUUUUCCCAUUACUGACUGCCCACCUGUCUGACCUGAUACCGGUGGAUGUUGGACCCUCAGGCUCUCGCGUCUCCUGUCCGGCCAGACUGAUGGAAGUUUCUGAAGUCAGCUCUUCUCCAUCACCAACCACAGAUCAGCUGCUCAUCAUCCAUCUCACUCUCCACUACUGAUUACAUCCAAGCCAUUAGUGGUGCUGCUAUACUCCUGGAUAUAUAAGACGUAUGUGGAUGUAUAAAAGACUUUUUAAAAAUAAUUUAAAAGCCGUUUGACCAGUGGUAGGAUGGUCCCCCCUUAAAUGUGAGUCUUGGUCCUCCCAAGGUUCCUUUCUCCUCCUGCAGCUCUGAGGGAGUUUUUCUUUGUCUCCGCGCUCACUGGGGGUUCUGUAUUUUGUAUGCUUAAUGUUUUUGCCUGAUUCUUUGUCCUGUAAUCAUGUUUCUGUAAAGCUGCUUUGUGCCAACACCAGUUGUAAAAAGCGCUAUAAUAACAUUUUUAUUUGAUUUGAUUAUGAACAACUAGUGGUCACAAAAACUCUGAGGCAGCAAGUAAUUAAACUGGCAGGAACUGGAACCAUGGGCAGGUCAUUUAGGACAUGCAAAACCCCUAAGCCGAAUUGCGCGCAGGUUUUACUGGCCUAGUCAACAACAGGAUGUAGCAAAGUAUUGCAAAACGUGCCCCGAAUGUCAACUAACAUCACCAUCAAAAAGUCUGACAGAGUAGCCAUGAUUAACCUACCCAUUGUAGAAACACCUUUCUCAUGUAUGUGGUUGGGCCUUUACCCAGAAGUCGAGCGGGUAACCGCUAAAUUUUGGUCAUCUGCGACUAUGCCACACGCUAUCCCGAAACAUUCCCCCUGAGGAAGGUCAAAACAUGGCAAUUGAUUAAUACUCUAAUUCAACUAAUCUCCAGGGUAGGAGUACCUAGGGAAAUUCUGUCCGAUCAGGGCACUUCCAAGCAGUUUAGGGAAGUGUUUGCACUACUAGGCAUAAAGGGCAUAAGGACCACACCCUAUCACCCCCAAACAGAUGUCCUCAUAGAAUGCUUCAACAAGACACUGAAAGGCAUGCUGAAGAAGUUCAUGGCAGACACAGGGGCUGACUGGGAUACAUGGCUCCCAUAUCUUCUCUUCGCAUACCGUGAAGUGCCACAAGCAUCCACUGUGUUUUCCCCGUUCCAGUUGCUCUAUGGGAGAGAGGUGAAAGGCCCACUUGAUGUCAUGAAGGAAGCAUGGGAGGGUCACAACACUGCUUGUCUUACGUCCUAAAGAUGAGGGAGAGAAUGGCAUCGUUGACAGAGAUGGUUCGCAUGAACAUGGAAAAGGCCCAGCAAAGACAGAAGACGGGGUACGACAGAACAGCAAAGAACAGAGAACUGGUACCAGGAGGAAAAGCUCUUGUUCUGUUGCCCACGUCGGAAUCAAGUCUUCUGGCAAAGUGGCAAGGGCCUUACAAGAUUCUGCAGCGAAUUGGCCAGACAUCAUAUGAGCUGCUUCUCCCUGACAAGAGGACGAAGAAACAAGUCUUUCACAUCAACAUGGUCAGGCAGUUGAGAGAGCCCAAUAAAGUUGUCACUAAGUAGAUGUGGAUAAGAGCUGUUGAGGAUAAAGAAGAAACCAGAGAGCAGUACUUCCCAAUGAAAGGUGGGAGCACUUCAUCACUGGAAUUGUCACACCUCAAGCCAAAGCAACGUCAGGAACUGUAACAAGUCAUCCCUUCAGGUCUCUUCAGAGAAGAGCCAGGCAGGACUGACAUCAUACAGCACAACAUCCGUUUGCUGAAAGAAGACCCCAUCAGACAGACAAACUGCAGGGUGCCAGCACGCCUGAUUCCAGACCUGCAGCUCCGGUCCGGGUUUUUGUUCCACCCGCAGUCUCAAGCCCUGCUGCUGCUCCGCUGGAUCUUCACAUGCCCAGCUCCGAAAUUCUCUCAGCUGCUGAGCCACACCCCAGGACUCCUGCCGUCCCGGAGCCUGCAUGCGCUGCCGUGCGUGCAGUUCAAGCCUUCAAGUCUGCUGAAGCUGCUCAAGCCUCCGUGUCUGCUGAAGCUUUUCAAGCCUCCGUGUCUGCUGAAGCUGCUCAAGCCUCCGUGUCUGCUGAAGCUUUUCAAGCCUCCGUGUCUGCUGAAGCUUUUAAAGCCUCCGUGUCUGCUGAAGCUUUUCAAGCCUCCGUGUCUGCUCCAGCAUUUCAAGCCUUCAAGUCUGCUCCAGCUGUUCAAGCCUCCGUGUCAGCUCCCGCUGCCAGAGUCGCCGCACCGCCGGCACCAGCUCCCGCUGCCAGAGUCGCCGCGCCGCCAGCACCAGCUUCCGCUGCCCGAGUCACCACCGCACCGGUUCCUGCUCCCAGGACAGUGUUUGGCUCCAGGUACCACGUACCCAGGCAGGCACCGAGGUCCCCGGACUUUGUCCCCAGAACUGUGCCCAGGCUGGCUCCUCAGACUUUUCCUCAGACAUUUGCCAGUCCUGGGCACCCACCCCUGGUUCUGGUCCCCAUGUCUCUCCCUGUUUUGGCCCCUGUCUCUGUUUUUGUCCCUGUACCCGUUUCUGUCUCUGUUCCUGUCCCAGUCAUCGUGUUUGUUUCUGUCCCCGUUGAUGUUCUCGUUCCUGUUCCCAUGUCUGGUCCCGUCCAGUCUCACGUCCAGUCUCCGUCUCCUGUCCAGUUCCCCGUUCAGUCUCCGUCUCCUGUCCAGUUCCCCAUCCAGUCUCUGUCUCCUGUCCAGUUCUCCGUCCCAUCUCCGUCUCCUGUCCAGUUCCCCGUCCAGUCUCCCGUUCAGUCUCCGUCCCCUGUCCAGUGUCCUGUCCUGUCUCCGUCCCCUGUUCCGUUUCAAAGCCCGGUCCAGUCUCCCGUCCAGUCUCCUGUCGUCUGUCCUGUCUCCGUUUCAGUCCCCGGUCUUGACUCCUGUUUUACCCGGCCUCUCCCUGCCGCCAGCCCCCGGGGUUCGUUUUUACGCGCCUCGGGAGCUGCGCGGGGAGGCUUCUGUCACGUCCUGGUCUUGUCUCAUGUCUCUGUGUUAUUCCCACGUGACCUGUGCCCCUCUGUGUCUCCUGUCAGUAGUUUUCCACCACCUGUUUCUCAUUUGUAGCUCCGCCCCUUCCCCAGGUGUUUCCAAUUCUAGAGUGUUUCCUGUUAGUAUAAAUAGCCCGGUCUUUGCACUAACCUAAUGUAUUUCAUAGCCUUAGCCCUUGUCCUUUGUUUAUCUUCUUGUUUAUUUCUAGUUCCCUGUUAUUUUCCUUUGUUUUCUCCUUGCCCUGUUUAGUUUAUUCAUUCUUGUCUAGUUUAGUUAUUUCCUGUCAAGUUUAGAUUCUUGUUGGUUUCCUUGUAUAUAUAUCCCUGCCCAGUUUAGUUUUGUAUUUAUUCAGUCCCUCGUUUGUUUCUUUGUUUAUUUAUUCCCUGUUUGUUUAUCAUUAGUACUUCUUGUUUUGUUUUGUUUAUGUUCUCUAGUUUCACUGGUUUGUUUUGGUUUUUGGUUAUUCGUUUAUCUGAAGGAUGAAAGACAGCAACGCAAGGAUUACUCUGUGGUAUUUAUCCUUGCAAUCUUUCAAGUUCCGAGUGAGGUAUCGCAAAGGGAACCAAACCGUGACAGCUGAUUUCCUCUCUCGUCACUCAGAAGAGUGACUAUCUUAAGUGGGGGGUGUGUGAUGAGGUAAAAGGUCUCCCUCAUCACCAAAGCUGUUGCUGGGACAUUUCAUUUGCUGUAAAGACAAUUGUUUUAACAAACACAUGGAGAUACCUGAGAAGGGGGUUCCAAAGGACUGGCAGCCAUUACAGUUCCUCUUCUUGUACUAGCCAGAAGGGCCCAUGGCAGUGCAGGAAAUGGGGGAGCUGGAGUGAAGAACCUGUGAAAGACAUAGACUAGUAAAUUAAAAAGAAUACUUACCGGUAGAUGUUGUGAUGUAAUGGCCAUUUUAAAUCUGUAUGAGAAUAUGUGCACGUUGUAGAAUGUAUUUAAUUAGGAUGUAUUUAUUUAGGAUGUAUUUAAUAUUGUUGUAACUUACCUGGUGAGAUUUGGGUUAGCCCGGGGCGGGGCUUCCAAUAUUUAAAACGGCAGUAAUUUAGAGUUGGUUUUAAGCUAAGUAAAGUACUGUCCUGAAGCCUAGGCACAGUAUUUAUUUUUUAGGGCUGCAGUUCAAUGCUAAGUUGCAUUAUAGUCCUUUAAUUUUAUUGUAUUUUUAAAUAAUUUAUUUUCUCUUUUUUUCUUAAAUUACACUAUUUUGAAUAAAUUCAAUUGCACUUUGAACUUACCUGGAGGUAUCCUUUGAUCUUGGUGUGGUGGACUCCUUCCUUGGUGCUGGUUUCACACACCUUCCAGUGGAGAACUUAUACAUGCCCAUAAGGUAAAAAAAUGUUAAAUAAUGGUGAAUAAUGGCACUAUUAGUGGCGUUGCUAUACCCCUAAAUAUAUAAUAGCUAUGUGGAUGUAUAAAGACUUUUUUCCUUGCUUCCGCGCUCACUGGGGGUUCUGUAUUCUGUAUUUUCUAGGUUUAAUGUUUUGCCUGAUUCUUUGUCCGGUAAUCAUGUUUCUGUAAAGCUGCUUUGUGACAUCAAUUGUAAAAGCGCUAUACAAUAAAUUUGAUUGGAUAAA